AUAUAUAUAUAUAUCUCACACACACGCACUUUCUCUCUCUCUCUCUUUUUCUCUCUCUCACUCAUUUUCAAUGUUUUUCCCCUACUCUUUCUUUACCUACCGCGCAACCACCUACGUCGCACGCGUCGUUCACGUAUCUUUCUCGCUCGUGUAGGCGCAUCAGUCGCGCCAUCUCUCUCUCUCUCUUCCCCUUGUCUCGAGAAUAAAUAGGGCGGGAGAGAGAAGAGAGAGAGAGAAAGAGAGAAAGAGAAAGAGAGUGAACGAGCGAGUCGUGUCCGGCGGUGGCCCGGACGAAGGCUGCUGCUGGUGCUGCUGCUGCUGCUGCUGUUGCUGCUGCUGAUUCUGAUUCUUUCUACUCCAUCAUCCUUUUUCUUCUUCUUCAUCUCUUUCUUCAUCUCUCUCUCACUCACUCUCUUUCUCUCUCUCUCUCUCUCUCUCUCCCUGUCACUUUCCCUCUUUUUCUUUUGCAUCAUCGUACGUCACUCCUCCCCCUCCUCCCCCCUACACACCCAUCGUCCUUUUCCACCACUCCAUUCCUUCCUACUACUCCCCUCGCACGAAGGAUCAGACUUCUUUUCUUCUCGCAGUGUGUUCUUCGGUGUUCGAUCGACGUGUCGCUUUAUUAAACAUCUCGCGAGUUCUUCCUCUCUUUAUCCUUUUUUUUUUCUUUUCCGAAUAAUCAAGAGAGUAAGAGAGAGAGAGGGGGGAGAGGGAUAAAGAGAGAUAGAUUGAUAGAUAGAUGUAUUGAAAAAGUAUAAUCUCUUCAAGAUAUAUUCGUGUGUGUGUGUGUGUAUGUGUGUGCGUGCGUGUGUGUGUGUGUGUGUAUGUGAAUAGAAACGAGACAGAACGAUGAUGCAAGAUCGUCGAAAUAUCAUCGUAACUUCUUCUCAUUCUUAUUAUUAUUCUUCGUCUGUCAACGUUCGAACAAAUCCGGAUUACGUACUUCUUUUAAAUCGACGAGGUUAUCCCUCGAGAGAAAUUUUCACGAGAGAGUACGAAAGAGGCUCGUAAAAGUGCCCCUAACUGCGAUUAAUAUUAUAGCUUAUUCUAUUUCUCGUAAAGAGAAAGAGUAAAAGCUCUCUCCCAUUCCUAAGAACUCGGGAGGAGGUAUAUGGUGCUCUAGGAUAUAUAUUAUUUUCUUGCUUUGUGACGAAAAGAAAGAAGAUAAAGAAGAGGAGUCGCUCGUGGUAGCUGUGUAUACCAGGUGAUCGCAGGGAGCUCCUCGCAAAAGGUGGUGUACCUUCGUUCGAAGCGACACCCACCGACCGAGUCGACCGAUCAGCUGUUCGCCGGCCGACGACGCUUCGAUUUCUUCAGACGAUCCCGAUGCUGCUCCAUCAUCAGACGCACCUACGAAUCGUCACUUCCGGAAUAACUCGCUUUACGGGCGAAAGUCCAAAGGACAAUGUUGUCGUAUAUGUUACCAACGGAGGACAAACCACCGCCUGGAGAACCGAAUCAAAAUCAUCAAAAGACUCAGGGAAAUUAUCGGAACGCGAGCAGGAUACAAAAGAGUCCUCGAGAACAGCAGCCGAUUCGACAAAAGACUACGGCUGCCUCCUCUUCCAUAAACAUUUCCGUUCCAACGACCUCACCGAAAAAGCUCGUAGACGGAACUAGAAUUAUGAUAGUGUCAAGCAGAAUCGAGGAUCAACAGCCGAGCUCGAUGGAUCGUCAUCAGCAACAACACCCUUUGCCUUCGGAAAGUCCGAAGCACAAUGGUACAUUAACGAAGAAGUCUACCCUUCAUAAUUCAACGAGGGUAACCAAGGACGACAGUCUUUACAGCAUCGACAGCGACGCGAGUACGGUCGGUAGCGAUCGGAAGAACAAAAUUCUAAACGGUGCGAAACACGCCAGUCUUAAGAGAGUGUCCUUUGGCUCCAGCAAAGGAUCAAUGGUGGAAACUCUUGUUUACGAGACUCCUGUUCAAGAGGAACCAGAGAUCAAUCACUUUUUGGACCACAAUGGCCGCUUACCUCCACCCAUGAUACCUGUACCUGACACCGACGAAGGCAGAGAAAAGGUACGCGUGUCGUUGCUUGGUCCACAACCUUCACCCGCUACACCUGGUGUCCUAUUAUUGGAGCCAAUUGCACCACCCAUUGGCCACCCCAUCAACAUGGCUACGAGUCCUGCUGAACUUUUAACGACGCAUUCUGAACACACCACCCCUGCGUAUCACACGCAAAUCAGCACGGAUAGCGGAUGGGACAACCCGUUCAGGCCGGACGGUGACUUGUCGAGAGAAGCUGACGAGAUAGUCGAGCUGAUAAAGGGUGGGAAACCGAUCACCCCAACUCCCGGACAAACGGCACCACCUUUACCAGGAUGCGAAGAGACGGGCAAAACGACGCCUGGACCGGAUCACGAUUCAAGUUCCAGUCCUCUUCUCAAAUCAAAUGCAAACUCGACGAAUCGUCAUUCGAACGCAUCGCCGAGGCUCAAUCAAGGAAAUGGGAAUGCCCAUGGUACGCCGAUAAAAUCCUCGACGGCAGUGAACAAUCAGCUGAGUGCAAACGAGAAGGUUGGCCCAGGAUCGAGGACCGUCGAAGUUGCGAGAAUGACGGCACAAGGACCAGGCGAUGCGUCGCAGGUCGAGCACGUUACGCUGAAGAAGAAGCCUAAAUGCAAGUGCUGCGUGUUGCAGUAACGCGAGGGAAAACGCUUUAGGACGUCUUGCGAGAUCUAAAUGCACGAGAAGAGAAAGGAAAAAAAAAAAAAAAGAAAAGAACAGAACGGGAGACGACGUAAUACCGGCAGAGCUUGCUUACUAUCGAUCGUCUAAGCGAAUUAAAAGAACAAAAAAAAAAAAAAAAGAAAGAAAAGAAAAGACGAAACGAAACGAAAAGAUAAAAAAAGAACAUGCAAGAUAAAAGGCGGGAAAGAAGAGGAGCUUUCGAAUAGCAUCCGUGAAGUAACGAUUACCAAACUCUGGUAAUUAAUAAAUCACACCUUCGUGGCAAUGAAUCCGUUUCUCAAUUAUAUUAUCAUAUCGUUGUUCCAACGAGAAAACCUCGAGAGUAUAAAGAAAAAUAACGAAGAUAUAACAAGGUAUUGUUGUUUUCUUGGCUCUCGAAUAAAAAAAGAAGGAACGAUUUUAUCUACGAGAGUGGACUCCUCUCUCUCCUUGAUGUAUUUGCGUCUAUAAAUGGUCUCGUAGUAAAAAAAGGCUAACGUGUCCAUAGUUGUUCUACGCUCGACGUAAUCCACGAGACGUAAUCGAUGUUCAAAUGCAUCUAAAGUACAUAUGUCUGCCGAGGAAGAGGUCGCUGGGGAGGGGGAGAAGAGAGCUGGAAAAUAUUCGAGAUGAAAUAAAAAAAGAAAAAAAGAAAAAAAAAAAAGAAAGAAAGAAAUAAAGAACGAAGAGAGAUGAAGAUUAUAAUAAAACUAUAUUGUAGAUAAAGAAUGGUAGCUGUAUAGCUUAUAUGCUUUUACUAUUGUGGUUUAAAAUAUCAAGAUUAUCGUGAUUAUAUUGAUUGUGUCGAGCAGCAAAAAACCGUAUGAGGGGAUGCGCAAAGGAAGCUGAGAACCGUUCGACUGUCUUGAGAAUUUUUAAGUAAGAAAAAGAGGGGUGAGAUUGAAACGAAGAUGCUGCUACUGCUGAUGAUAAUGAUAAUGAUGAUAAUGAUAAUGCUGCUGAUGAUUGAUUGAUGAUGAUGACGAUGAUGAUGAUGAUGAUAAGAGCAAAAGGGGCUCGCUUGAGAACGCAGUUUUACUUCUUAUCUGAAGAAAUCGACGCGAAAAUCGACGAUUCAACGUUCGAUCUUCGACAUUACUCUCGCCAUCUUUUUAUCUGUUUCUUCUUCUUCUUCUACUUCUUCCUCCUUCUCCUAUUCUUUAUGAUUUUUUCUAUAAUUCUUUCUCUUAGCAAAGCGCGAAUACACUUUUCGUCCACACUUUAUAUGUCUGGCUUUAUACAUAUACGUAUCAAGUUAGAAUAAAACCCGGGCGCUUAUGGGGGCUUAAACAAACAGAAAAAUUAUAAAAAAUAAAAAAAGUACGUUCUCGUGCGUGAUCCGAGUAAAGAUUCAGGAUUUAAACCUUGGUCUGUAAAUAUUAUAGCUAGUGUAUUUUUUUUCGAGUGAUGUAGAGAGAGAGAGAGAAAGAGAACGAAAGAAAGAAUGAAAGAGAACGAGAGAGAGAGAGAGAGUGUGUGUAUGUCAGAGAGAGAGAGGGAGAGAGAGACUGCUUGCGUGAAUGAUGAGUACAAAGGAAAGUGAGAAUGUUAUGAAAGAAAAAGAGCUUGCACGAAAGCUCGUUGAUACAAAAAAAAAAAAAAAAAAUAAUAAAGAAAGAUGAUGUGCACGUACACUAAAUAGAAAAGAGUGCGGCGGUUCGAUCGAGAAAAAAGGAAGAUCAAUACUCGAAGGGGAUGCGGGAUGAAAAAAAGAAAAAAAAAAAAAAGAAAAAGAAAAUGGAGAAAUUGUUUGAUCGCUCUUCUUUCGAGAAUUCUUAAACGAGAAUUCCUUUAACCCAAAUGCUGCUAGAGCACAAACUAAAUGCGUGAAGCGCUAUCAAUUUAUUCUGUAAAAAUGACGAGUUGGAGAUAUUUUCUGAUUUUUUUUUUUUUUUUUUUUUUUUUUGCGAUCCCCUCAUUCCCAGCCAAACAAAGCAACCCAGCCCGCCCUCUCCCGAUUUUUUGGUUUCUUUAUAUCUCUUAAGUACACGUGCAUGUUAGAGCCUAUUUAUUACUUUAAUCUUAUAUAAUUUUGCGUAGCUAGAUAUGGUAUUUAAAAAUCUGUAUAUCUACGAAUCAUAUAUAUAUAUAUAUAUAUAUAAAUAUAUAUAUAUAUAUGUAUGUAUGUAUGUAUGUAUGUAUGUAUGUUUGUAUACAUACACACAUACACAUGCGAAAAGAAAAACAAAAAAUAUAUGAAUAUAGAUAUAUAAAAAAAAAAAAUAUAUAUAUAUAUAUACACAUAUACAUACAUAUAUGUAUAACAAAUGUAUAAGGAAUGAAAUUUAAAGUAUAUACCAGUCGGUUUCAAGAGCCAAAAUGGUCAAGAUAGGAGCAAUAAAGGAUCGGCAUGGAAAUUCGCAAAGGCUAUAGCGAAACGUCCGAUAGUAUUUUGGAUCCUUAGCGGAGGAUUCUACACGACCCCCUUAUAUUUGGCAACCCAAAACCUCUGGAUUUUAUGUCCGUUCUGUAUCUAUAGCGGAGAAGAAGAGAGCGAAGAAGCAGACAUGUAGACGUACGUACGCGUUUACGUACAUCACAUACAUAUCUGCAUAUUUUUCUUAACUUCGUUAUGAUAACGAUUUUUUCUGAAACGCGAGAGAAAGAUAUAGAGAGAGAGAGAGGGAGAGAGAGAGAGAGAGAGAGAGAGAGUAAGAAAGUGUGCGUGUGAAAUGGUGCGUAUGAGUGAAAGAGAGAGAGAGAGAGAGAGAGAGAGAGAGAGAGAGAGAGAUGAAAAGAAGAAAAAUUAAAGAAAGAAGACAGGCUAUUUUUUCAUUUUCUUUAACCUUAGACAUGCAGAAUGAAAGGCUUGAAGUGUGAUGUGAAUUUGUAAGUACUGUAAAAUCCUGAAUUUUUACUUAUAUAAUUAUAUAUAUAUAUAUAUAUAUAUAUAUAUAUAUAUAUAUAUAUAUAUACAUAUAUAUAUACAUACAUACAUAUAUAUAGAGAGAUAUCGUCGAAUAAAAUCGAACACGACGAUCUAUAAUAAGUACGAGGAAGAAAAACGAAAGGAUGAACCAAGAAGUUACAAAAAUAAGGGAAAAAAAUAAAAGAUAAAGCAAGAAUAAAGAAGCAAUGAUUGUAAAUGUAAUCAGAGAAAACACAGAUAAACAGAAUAGAUUGCCCAUCAUUUUUCUUUGGA